CUUUUUCCAGUGCAUUUCCCAUGCUUCGCCAUGGUCCGCUGGCGCGUGCUGAGCAGCAGCGGCCUCUUGGUCCGGCAGGGCGAUAGCGUCUCUUCGGAGCAGCUGGGACGCCUCGAGUGCGGCACCACCGUGGAGGAGCUGCAGCUAUGUGGUGAACGCCUGCGCUACCAACUGCUUUCGGGCCAGGGUCCUGCGACUGGCUGGGUCAGCCUGCGCUUGAAGGGGAAGGAUCUCUUGUGUCCUUUGGACGGCUGGCAGCUGGAGCCCGGACUGGCCAUUGGACCAUGGCUGGCGCAUGAGGACAAAGUGACCAGCGUCCUGCUGGAUUUCUUCCACCAGCGCCUUUGGACCUCCUGCUGGUCCCAGUCUUCCGUGAAGUCCUGGCACCUCUCCGCCCGCGGCGCCAAUCGACUGGCGGAGCUCCAGAGCCACGGCCUGGUGGCGGACCUGGCGGUGACGCAGGAUUUUCUGGUGACCGCUAUCUCAGCCAAUCCCAUGCCGGAGGGGAACGUGUGCCACCAGGCAGACUUCAAACAGCGCAUGGCAGAGCUGGACGAUCAGCUGAAGGCCGGGCAGCAGUUGGUGCUGUGGCGCGUGGAGGAUCAGCCCAGGCUGCACCGGGAACUGCCACGGCACCAGCGCGGCUGCAAUCUGCUGUCACUGUGCCCCGCAGGGCCCGCAGGGCUGCUGGCAUCGGCGUCCAAAGAUGCGCUGGUGGUGUCUCGUGUGGAUGAUUUCGAGGUGCUUUGGACCGUGGCAUUGGACUCCAAACUGCAAGGGCUGUGUUGGGCGCCGUGCGCAGAGCCGCGCUUGUGGAGUUUCGAUGGACGACAUGCGAAGUUGUGGGAGGAUGGAAGGGAAAAAACAUCGGUGAGACUCGAGGUUGAGAAUGUUUCAGCCCUGACGCCUUUGAAGGACUUGCUAUUGGUGGCCCAUGAGACCGGCUUCAUGUUCCUCAACAGCGACGAUGGCCAGAUGCUGUGGCAGCAGUACACCAAAGACGUGGUCUGCGCCGCGAAGGCCCUGGGUGAAAGUUGCUUCGUGGCCGCCGUGGGGUGCAACGUGGUGAAGUACCAGCUGGCUGAAGGCGCGAAGGCCUCUAAGGCCUCGAAGGCCUCCGCGGCUGGGAUGUGGACUUUUCCCAGCAAAGUUAUCUCCCUGGACUGCCACAGCGGGCCCGACAUCUCUUUGGUGGCGGCGGGCUGUGCGGAUGGCCGCGCCGCCGUUUUUGAUGCCACCUGAGAGAUGCGAAAA